AUGUGCGAGAGAAUGGAUUUGGAAGUUCCGGUGUGUUGUUUGGUGGGAAAAAUGAUGUUGUGGAUUGUGGCCGGUGGAAUGUUUGCGUUGGGAGUUGUUGAGCUGAUUUUGGCGUGAGUUUUACUUAGAGCGGAAGAGGACUCCAAGAAUUAUUCUCUCUUCAGAUUCAUCGCUUCCCACGGUUACGUGUACGGUAGUUCAUUCAUUUGGGGUGGAAUUUGUACAAUUAUUGUCACAUUCUAUCCAGCUAAAUGGUUCAUUAUCUAUAAUUAUAUUGAACAAAUUCUACUCGCCAUUGGUUGUAUUAUUUUUUCAAUUUGGGCAUUUACUGAUAAAAAUAACGAAGAUGUUGGUAUUGGUAUGUGAGAUUUUUUUUUUGAUAAGGGUUGGGCUGAAAAUGAGCCUGGAGAAAAAAAUAGUUCUGAAGUAGUCAUGCCUAGAGUAUUCAACUUUCAAGGAUCCGCGCCUUGUGAUCGAAUUAGACAAGCACCUGCGUGAGAGCUCAAGUAGCCGAGCCUAGAAACCCGAGUUGUCAAGUAGUCAUGUCUACAGAAUGGAACUAUCAAGGAUCAGCAGCUAGGGAGCUUCUUUAUUUUAAGUAGUCAAUCCUUUGGAGCCUAGGUCUCAAGAAGCCUUGCCUAGCAAAUUCAACUGUCAAGUAUUAGAAUCUAGAGAGCUUAAUUGUCAAGUGGCCGAGCCUUGAGAAUGUAAUUGUCAAGGAUCAGCGGCUAGAUAUUCAGGAUGUCCAGGAACAGCGCCUAGAAAACCUAGUUCUCAAGUAUUCAAGCCUUGAAAAUUGAAUUGUCCAGGAACAACGCCUAGAGAUUCACUAUGUCUAGGAUCUGCGCCUAGAAAACCUAUUUCUCAAGUAGCCGCGCCUAGAAAUCCUACCUGAUCUCAAACAAAAAUUUUGCAGUUUGGAUGGUGGUGUUCUUCUGUAUGUGUGUUGGUGGAAGUGUUUUCUCAAUUCUCGCUUGUGUUGUUUAUCAAAAAGUUCUCUGUUGUAAAUAA